ACCCCAACAGAAGCGGGUUGCAGUCUCAUCUCUAAAGCACGAACCCGACACGAACUCAACCUAACAGCGUUAUGGGAUCUUACAGGACAUUGACUUUACCGCUUCUCAGUUUGCUGGGAUGGACGCUGAUCUCUGCCUUCAACCUGGACACAGACUAUGUUAUCAGGAAAACGGGUGAUGCCAACGGCUUGUUCGGUUUCUCCCUUGCCUUGCACCGACAACUCAGACCAGCUGAUAAAAUAAUGUUGCUUGUUGGUUCCCCAAGGGCUAGAGCAUUGCCCGGGCAUAAGUCAACAAUUACGGGAGGCAUGUACAACUGUGACAUAAAUUCUCUGAGUCAGUCAUGUCAACGAGUGAUGUUUGACAAUGAAGAAAAUCUGGCAGCUGAAAAUAAGCAAAACCAGUGGAUGGGAGUUACUGUACAGAGCCAGGGACCUGGAGGAAAGAUACUGGUCUGUGCGCAUCGCUACCAGCGACGCAUGUUUGUGGACUCAGCUCAGGAGCUGCGUGACUUGACAGGUCGUUGCUACGUACUAAGUGAGGACCUAACGAUUAAUCAUGCCUCAGAUGAAGAUGGAGGAGCCUGGAUGUUCUGUAAUGGGAGAAACAGAGGACACGAGCGCUUUGGAUCAUGCCAGCAGGGUCUAUCUGCCACAUUCACAAAGGACCGUCACUAUCUGGUGUUUGGAGCGCCGGGUGCUUACAACUGGAAAGGAGUGGUGCGGAUGGAGCAGAAGAACAGCUCUCUGUGGGAAGAGACUAGCUUUGAUGACGGCCCAUAUGAAGUUGGGGACGAGAGCCGACUUGACUUUGCUAACAGUUAUUUAGGUUUCUCUCUGGACUCUGGAAAAAUGCUGACCAAGAGAGGUCAGUUGACUAUAGUUGCAGGGGCUCCAAGAGCCAAUCACAGUGGGGCAGUUGUGCUAUUAAAGAAGGACGAAGUUAAAUCAUACAUGUUGACAGCUGAGUACAUCCUAGAGGGUGCCGGACUUGCCUCUUCCUUUGGCUAUGAUCUUGCAGUGCUUGACAUCAAUGGAGAUGGGUGGCAGGACAUUGUAGUCGGAGCACCUCAGUUCUUUAUUAAGGACGGUGAUAUCGGUGGGGCCAUCUAUGUUUAUCUUAACAAGGAAGGAGCUUGGGACAAGAUCACCCCCAAGAAAAUUGAGGGAGCUGCUUAUUCCAUGUUUGGUUUGGCUGUGGAAAACAUGGGAGAUGUGAACCUGGAUGGUUAUGAUGAUGUUGCUGUUGGUGCCCCAUAUGACAGUAAUGAAGCUGGAAACGUAUAUAUCUUCCAUGGUUCACCUCAAGGCCUGAAAAAAGCCCAGGUUCUUGGAGGAAAAGAUCACAAUGUGAAACUCUUUGGAUACUCUCUUGCUGGGAACAUGGAUUUGGACAGAAAUAAUUACCCUGAUCUGGCUAUCGGAUCUCUCUCUGAUUCAGUGUUUGUGUACAGGGCACGGUCAGUUAUCAGCAUUGAAAAGACUGUUACCACCACUCCAAAAGAGCUAGACCUCACUAAGAAAAACUGUGGAGAAAAUAUAUGCCUUGAUGUGAAAGCCUGCUUCAAAUUUUCAGUCAAACCCAAAACCUACAAUCCUACACUGAAAGUGCAAUACUCUAUCAAGGUUGAAUCUGAAAGGAAGAAACUUAAUCUUCCUUCCAGAGUCAUCUUCACCCCGCGCUCAGCAAAUGACUAUGAAAGCACAGGAGUUGUAGAGCUCAAAAGUCAGGGCACAGAAAGCUGCGUUACCAGAGGUCUCAAACUGCAGGAAACCCUAAGAGACAAACUGAGAGGUAUCCCGAUUGAGGUCUCUGUGGAGAUCCUGAACCCAUCCACACGCAGGAAGAGACAGAAUGCUCUUCCUAACCUGCUUCCCAUCCUGGACUCUAAUCAAGAUGCCACCACUGUUACCAAGGUUCAAUUUAUCAAGGAAGGAUGUGGUGCUGAUCAUGUCUGUCAGAGUGACCUGCAUCUACAGUAUAAAUUCCACACCAGGGAACCAAACAGAGACGUCUUUAAUCCAUUACCUGAGGAAAAUGGAGUUCCCAUCCUGUCUCUGAGUGAUCAGAAGGACAUUGUCUUGGAGAUCAAGGUGGUCAACCAGGGUGAAGAUGCUUAUGAAGCACAGCUGACGUCCUCGUUCCCCAAAUCCCUGUCUUAUUCUGCCGUUCGCACUAAAUCUGGUGAUAAACCAGUCACCUGUCUAGCCAAUCAGAAUGGGUCACAAGCCGAUUGUGAACUUGGAAAUCCAUUCAAAAGAGAUGCUGAGACAACUUUUUACAUCAUUCUGAACACGGGUGGAAUUUCUUUGGAUACCACUGAAAUUGAAAUUGACCUUAAACUCAAAACAACAAGUGAUCAGAAGCAGUUACAAGCAAUCAAAGCCAAAGCCAUUGUUAAGAUCCAGCUGCUGUUGUCCCUCUCAGGCAUUGCUAAGCCAUCUCAGCUCUACUUUACUGGAGAAGUUAAAGGAGAGAGUGCAAUGAAGUUGGCAUCUGAUGUCGGCAGUCCAAUUGACUAUGAAUUCAGGGUUACAAACUUGGGCAAACCCCUUAAAUCAUUCGGCACGGCUUCUAUGAUUAUCCAAUGGCCUAAGCAUAACUCUCAAGGCAAGUGGCUGCUGUACCUCAUGAAGAUGACCUCAACCGGUUUAGACAGCUUCAUCUGCUCCAAUCAAGAUGAAGUCAACAAACUCGGUUUGAAGGAGCCUUCAGUGUCACGAACUAAACGUGAAAUUGAGGAAACUCCUGCAAAAGAGGGAACAGUCUCUCUUUUUACUGACAAGAGGAAAUACACAGUUUUGUCGUGUGAAGAUGGGGCGGAGUGCAUCACAUUCAAAUGUCCUCUAAUGGGAAUGGACAGCAAUGCUGUCAUCAGCCUGAGAGCUUACCUUUGGAACUCUACCUUCCUGGAGGACUAUGCAAAAUUGAACUACAUUGACAUUAUUGUCAAGGCAUCACUUGAUUUCAAGUCCUCAGCUACAAAUAUACAGCUGAAAAAUGAGCCAGCACAGGCACGCGUUACUGUGUUUCCGGAACGCAAAGUUGCGCUGUAUGGCGGUAUGCCCUGGUGGGUCAUACUGGUGGCCAUUUUACUAGGACUCCUUUUGCUGGGCCUUUUGGUGUUCUUGCUUUGGAAGUGUGGUUUUUUCGGCAAAAGCGACAAAGAACCUGAAAAAGAGAGGCUGACUUCAGAUGCGUGAAGAGAAACAGAGAACGAGAACCUCUCUUAGGUGUGGAUUUUUCAAACGUUCCAAGUAUGACGAAAGCGUCCCCAGUUAUAAUGCUGUGCGGAUAAAGAGGGAAGAGAGGGGGAAAGAGGAAAUGGAUCCUCCGGAGAAGAAACAAUGGAUGACUUCUUGGAAUGAGAAUGAGAGCUACUCAUAGCUAAAUGCUAACCUGGUUGAAAGCAAACCAAAGACUCCCUUCCUAAAGCCUUUAAUGCUUAUUUUUUGCACGCACUGAACUUUUCUUACUGUUACUACUCCAUCAAAAUGUGUAAGGAAUCAUUUGAGCUUGAUAGAGAUUUUUAGAGAUUGUAUUAGAAAAUGGUGUCUGGAAGACAUAUGAUGAACAAGGAUAAAAAAAUAGGUUUACUUGUGUUUUGUUUUAUAUUAAAAUUUGCUUCCAUGUUCCACCACGUUUUCAUAUCACAAUUCACUUCUCAUGCACACAGUAAUGUAUAUACAUUUAAUGUAUUUAUUCACAGCAGAUGGUUCUUUUGUACAAAUGCCAAAGAUUUUAAAUUUUUGUUUUAUUUUAUGAAUGGCUUGAGUCAGGACUUCUUGGUUCGUUUUUUUUCUUAUCUUGAUAUCCAGCUAAAACUGCUUAGAUGAAUGUAAAUAUGUGUCUGGAUUUUAAAUUUUUUUAUUUGUU